CGCACCACCAUGGCAAGCUACGCCAGCCCGCACGUCUCGCAGACGCAAUUCGCACUGACGCAGGCGUCGACGCCGCCGCCACCACCACCAAAGCCCUCCGGCCACUCCAGCGGGCGCGGCACGCCGCAGACAGGCCCGCCGCUGCCGCCGACGCCCACGCAAGUCGCGCACGCGCAGCAGACGGCACAAACAGGCAGCGAGGCAGCGGGCGGUGCGGUCCCAGCGCCGGUUGCGUCGCCUGUCGAGCCGCCGGAGGAGGGCUGGCUGCCUGCUGGGCUGAAGGACAAGACGUGCGUGACUCUGCUGCUCGCACCCGCACCCACACUCACUCACUUACUGAACGACACGACUGACACGCACACCAGCACGGCCGAGCUCGCCGAAAUCCUCGAGAGCCCCGACCUCCAACGCGCGCUGAUCUACGCGCCCACAACCGCGCACGCCUCACUCACCACAUCAACCCUCCCGCUCAGCACGCUGCUCGCGCAAAACCUCGCAUUGGCCGACUCGCUCCGCAGCAGCGAAGCGCACCUUUCGCACACACGGCAAGGCGUGCAGUCGCGGCUGCUUAGCCUCCGCGCACUCGAGGCGCAGUGGCGCGCCAAGCAAGCAGAGCAGGACGCCGCGCUCGCCGCGUUCGGGCCCCCCGCCCUGUACCAGCGGCUUAGUUCCGCCAUUGCAGAGCAGGAGGCGCUGUGUCGCGGGCUCGAGGAGAGUUUUCUCGAGGGCGAGGAGGGGGGCGUCGCGGGGGAGAGGGAGGUGGUUGAGUUUGUGCGACGCAUUAGGGAGGCCAGGAAGGUGGCGUAUUUGAGGAGGGAGAGGAAGGAACGCUGGGAUGAGGGGAGGGUGGGCGGGUGGCGAUAGGGGUGGUGUCGGGGGUGGAGCGGGGGAAGCGGAGGGACGCUCGUGUGGUUUACUGGUGGCUGUGUAGAUGCCGGAUGGCGUGGCUGUUGGGCGGCAGGAUAAUGCUUUUAAUGCUCAUGCUCUCUUUGUUCUUCUACCAAAUAGAAUUAUACCCAGUCAAAGAGUGAGCCCUGAAUGGGCUGAUUAAACACUGAUCCCGGCUACCAGCUACGAGGAUAGAGGUCUCGGAAAUGGCUUUUUCGUUUGGCAUGUCUUCAAUAAUUUUAAGGUAGCAACAAGACUCGAGAUCGACGCAUAAGUCACCAGUUAAAUCACCACACAAGAAAAUCACAAACAAACAACACCCAGUUAAGGGUCU